AAAAUUCAAACUGGAUAAUACUUAUGCGACAUGGAGAGUAUAAUUUAAAAUAAAAAAAUUAGAAAUUUAAACUAUAUAAUUAUUUUGGGAUGGAUGUAAUAUAAUAUUUAACUCGAAUCCAUGAUACUAUUGCUAUUAAUGGAUUAGAUUUUUCUUUCUUUAAGAAAAAAAAAAUUUAGGAAGCACAAUGAUGGUUACAAAAGAGCCCCAAUAAGGGUGGGCAUUUUCUACCAUAUUUCUACCAUAAAAUCCCUAAUUCCCAUAGAGGGUCUGACCUAAAGCAUUCUGGACUAGUUAUAAAGCAUUUUAGUUAAGCGUCUGUUAGCCCAUAAGAAAUGCGUACCACCUGAAUAUGUUGAAUGGGGGAAUACAGUGAUUACUGUCAAGUGAAAAUUUUAAUAUAAUGUGGUGAAAUUGAUUUUUCUUUUGGAGUAAUCAUUAGACAUGAAGCUUGUUUUCAUUCUUUGGUCCAAACCUGAAAUUCAGAUCCACCUUAACAGCCCAUCAAGAAACCUGUGGCGGAAGCCCAAAGCCUGGUAUAAGUCUUUAGCCGGAAAAGUGUGCCCGUGAUUUCGGUCAGUCGGUUACCAAAUAUCCCCAUCUCCGGCGAAAUCUUACAAUUUUUCAAUCAGCGCGAUUUCACUAGACAUGAAGAUGUCCAAUUUCACGAAGCUGAUAUCCCGGGCAGCCAUGGAAAGGCUGAGGGACCCAUCGAAUUACUCUUCCUCCGCGACUCACAGCAGGGGAAUGUUUGGCUCAAUUGGGGGAAGGAAUUACUCAACCUUUGCUGCUCCCAGAGCCGUCACCCUCAUCCCAGGAGACGGAAUCGGGCCACUGGUCACCGGCGCCGUCGAGCAAGUCAUGGAAGCCAUGCACGCUCCACUGUAUUUCGAGAAAUACGAUGUUCACGGCGACAUGAAGAACGUCCCUCAAGAAGUCUUGGAUUCCAUCCGGAAGAACAAGGUUUGCCUGAAAGGCGGACUGAAGACGCCGGUCGGCGGCGGGGUCCACUCCCUGAACGUCCAGCUCCGGAAGGAGCUCGAUCUCUACGCCGCCCGUGUCCACUGCUUAAACCUAGAGGGGCUGCCCACGCGCCACCAGAACGUGGAUAUUAUUGUGAUUAGGGAGAAUACAGAGGGAGAGUAUUCCGGCGUAGAGCACGAGGUGGUUCCCGGCGUGGUCGAGAGCCUUAAAGUGGUGACCAAGUUUAAUUCAGAACGAAUUGCAAAGUAUGCGUUCGAAUACGCCCACGCCAACAACCGGAAGAAGGUGUCGGCGGUGCACAAAGCAAAUAUAAUGAAGCUUGCUGAUGGGCUGUUUUUGGAAUCUUGCCGGGAAGUUGCGAGUAAAUACCCAAGUAUCCAGUACAACGAGAUCAUCGUGGACAACUGCUGUAUGCAACUGGUGUCGAAGCCUGAGCAAUUUGAUGUGAUGGUGACCCCUAAUCUGUAUGGAAAUCUGGUGGCAAAUACUGCCGCGGGUAUUGCUGGCGGAACAGGGGUGAUGCCCGGAGGUAAUGUGGGGGAUGAGUAUGCGGUUUUCGAACAAGGUGCAUCUGCUGGAAACGUUGGGAAUGAGAGAUUGGUGAAGCUGAAGAAGGCAAAUCCGGUGGCUCUGCUGCUUUCAUCGGCCAUGAUGUUGAGACACUUGGAAUUCCCUUCAUUUGCUCAUCGGUUGGAAACUGCAGUCAAGCGUGUGAUUGCAGAUGGCAAAUGCAGAACUAAGGACCUCGGCGGAGACAGCACUACCCAACAAGUUGUGGAUGCUGUCAUUGCAAAUCUGGAUUGAAAUUUGAAUGGGUCCCUACUCCCUAAGAAGCUCUGCUUUCUAAAGGAAUGGAAUGGUCCCUAGACUGAGAUACUGGACUGAUCCGUGAGCAUUUUCAGUUGGCCCAGAGAAGUGGGCUGUCCUCUUAUCUUAACUUAUGUAACUAACCUUGUGCAGUCUGACGUGACUCCCUUCAACGUUUGGUUCUGUUGUUUUUAGGCUGCGGCGGUAAUGUAAACCUUAGUCCAGGCUGGGUACAAUUACCGGGUAAUGCAGCUUGUUUUUCUUCACAUAAAGAAAAAAGGACGUUGGCACUGUAAUCU